UUCAAUUAUGCCUUCCCUUUUAUAUACUGCCCAUAGCGAAGUGUAGUGCUCACAACUUUCAGACAACUUUCACUUCUUGCAGAAUGUCGGAAACGUCAAGCGUCGACGUGGAUGCGGACAGGAAGCGGGAUGCGGACCGAGAGUGCAGCAAGAUUGAGGCCCUCCGCCAGCGCUCACAACGCCUGACUGCUCGCCUCCAGCAGACGCAGAGGGAGAUGGAGUCUAAUGCAGCCAGCAAAGGCUUACCAGUCGACAAGGUCGUUAAUCCUCAGCAGCCGCAGAGGCGCUGGGCGGAGACACGGCCAGAGCCCAACCAAGCCCCAUCUGCGCCGACCAACAACAGGCAGGCCAUUUCCUACGGUGCACCAGGAUCCGCCCCAGCGGCGAUAACCAUGCCGAUGCCCUAUCACGUAGCAAUGUCCUACCAGGCGACCAUACAGAUUCCUUCCCACCAACCACAUCCGCAUAUGCAUAUCGUGUCCAGUCCCAGCCAGCAGUUAAUGGCGGGAAAGAAGUCGAAGCGCAUGCUUCGAAAUGAGGUGGAAGCUCUCCAGGAGAUGGUCAAACAUCUGUCGCACCUCUCUCCGGAUGUUAACGCGUAUGCCUGCCAGCUGAUACGUCAAAACGAGAUCCUUUCCCAGCUGGAGUGGAGUCAAACAAGGUCAGAAGCACUGCCGCAACAGGUUGGUUACCAGCAACUACCUCAGCGUAUCGACGGCGGAAACGACAUGAUCCAGCAACAUUUGUCUCGGCCUCUUGAGGGGCGGCAACGCCACGAGUCUGAGGUCUCUUCCACGAGCUAUGGUAGUCAUGGACAGCAGCACCCGAAACAAGGACGAAGGCAACGCAAUCGCAAGAAAAGUGAAGGAUCCGGCAGUAAUGCGACACAGUCGCAAAAAACCGAACUGGAGGCCAUGCGGUCAUACAUAAACAAGAUUGUCCAGCAACACGUGGGCAUGGACCACCUGUUAUCGGAAGACCUGAUUUUCAAAGGUAACUUCUCCGACCUGGAUGCGCAUGCGCAGAGGCUGGUUGCGGCGGGCUAUGGCCGCAUUGUAGAAGAGGAAAUCCGGGUGAAUCGGAAAAACAAUAGGCAGGCCUUUAUUAACAUGUCCACGGAUCGAGAAGCACUGGAACGAGAUGGCAUCGUGCUCCUGCCUGUGGCCCGGCGCUAUGCUUUCGAGGGUGACAAAGUACGUGCAUUCGUUCUAAAUCCAAGUGCCCAGAACAGCUCACAGACUGCUGAGCCCUCGUCUGGCGGGAUCACUGGUGGAAAGCCGUCUUUAUCUCUGGCGGAUGGUGAGGAGCUUUCGGAUGAUACCGAGUCCCAGGACUCUGAGUCCGAUGCCGACAACGUGGUCGUCAUAUCGCCGGACAACUGCCCCAAAGCGUUCGUCAUAGCCAUAACUAAGCAAACGGAGCUCCGCCAGAUCGUGGGAACCAUAUCGUUUACGAACCCCACCAAGCUCUGUGACGACCAGCUAUUUUACAAAUUCCGACCUUACGAUUUGCGUGUCCCCAUGGUCUACGUUCCGAAGAACGCCUGUGCCGCCCACAUCGGAAGCAAGCAAAAAAUAGACGUGUCUGGCCUUUUAUACCUGGCUCAUAUACUCGAGACGGAUUGCAAUGGGCAUUGCAUUGCUGAACUAAUCCAGCCAGUUGGCCGCGUGGGUAAUUUGGAUGACGAACUUAAGGCAAUUCUGUUUCAUAACGGUCUCCGGGAUAUAAAGCCAUUUGAGCAACGAUUUAACGACAUGUAUUCCCAAACGCCACCUCCGAUAAGCCAAGAUGAUCUGCAUCAGCGAAAAGAUUUAAGAAAGAUGUGCAUAUUUACUAUUGAUCCGAUGACUGCUCGCGAUUUGGAUGACGCCGUUUCUAUUGAGAAGCUAGGCGAGAACGAAUAUGAGGUUGGCGUCCACAUAUCCGAUGUUUCGCACUUCCUGUUGGAGGACAACGAACUGGAUAACAUAGUGAAGGAACGCUCUACGUCUAUUUAUUUAGCCAACGAGGUAAUCCAUAUGCUGCCUCAGUCUCUAUGCAUGCGAUGUUCUCUGCUCCCUGGGGAAGACAAGUUCGCUUUUUCUGUCUUCUGGCGGAUGAACGGGGAGGGAGCCAUGCUGCAAAAGAAGCCUGAAUUUUGCCGCACCGUUAUCAACUCUUGCUCGCAAUUUGCUUAUGAACACGCUCAGAAGAUCAUUGACAACCCUAAUGAGCGGUUUACCGAGAACGACUUUCCGACCAUCCUUAAUGGAUUUAAUACCGAUGACAUCAAAAAAAGGGUGCUGUGGCUACACGACAUUGCGAGCUCCAUCCGUAAGACACGUUUCGACAACGGCGCCCUCACAAUUAACAAUGCCAAGCUACGCUUCAUUCUCGAUCCAAUUAGCGGUGAACCGUUGUCAUAUGAAGUGGAGAAACAGCGAGAGGCUAACCGCCUAAUUGAAGAGUUUAUGCUCCUGGCCAACCAGGCAGUCGCCCGUUUUAUACACGACUCCUUUCCGGAUAUCGCUGUACUGCGUAACCACCCUCCACCACUUACUAAGUCCCUUAAGGCGUUACGGGAGAAGCUGCUUGCUCUGGGAUUCGAAUUGGACUACAGCUCGUCUAAGGCGCUCCAGGAGAGCAUGGUGCGGUUGUGCAAUGAGGCGCCUAACCCAGUCGCAAUGAACGCCUGCCUCAGUCAGCUUUUGAUGAAACCAAUGGCCCGGGCAACAUACUUUUGCAGCGAGGGUAAAACGGAACCGGCCGACCUGUGGCACUACGCCUUGUCCAUACCCAUAUACACUCACUUCACCAGCCCAAUCCGUCGGUAUCCGGAUAUAUUGGUGCACCGACUUUUGGCGGCUGCACUUAAAUAUUGUACACCGCCUAAACGCACUCCAGAUGAUCUGCACACGCUAACAAAACUAGCCAAUGAGCGCAAGUACAAUGCAAAAAUGGCCGGAGACGACUCUGGGAACUUGUACUUCAAACGCUAUAUUCACAAUAAGCAGGGCAUAUACAUGCGUGCUGUGGUCAUUGAAAUAUUUCAGCAUAUGAUGAACGUGGUUACUCUGGAGUCGGGCCACGUUAUAAGCAUAAACUACAAAAUGCAAAAGGUCGUCGUAGACACGCACGGCGCACCUAAUUACAUUCUUAUUACGGAGCGCAACUCAAAGCAGUCACCUCUGAAGCUUCAGCUGCUUUCCUUGGUCCCCAUUCGUCUGAUCAUUUGGGACAAUAAGCUAACUGGAUUUUUACGGAUGGGAGAACAAAUUCAGGCAAAAAAGGAGCAGACCAGCGGAUGUAAUUCUUCCCGUAGGAACAAGCCAAAGCCACAGCAGCAGCAACGACAGCAACAGCAUCGUAUAUAUUCAAUGAGCCAAAGCAGCUUAUAACUUUACACACAGAUGGGACCUCAGUUUUUUUUUAAGAUUCUCUCUGUUUCAGCGUCGUUUAUCAAGAGUGUUUUACAAAAUCGAAAAAUGCUGAAAU